GAUCUAUCAAUUCAUCAUCAUCUGAUUAUCAGAAACCAGAGAAAAGGGUGUUAUCAUGAUUAAAAUAACUAUUUCUUCAUUAUAUCUGUGCAAAAUUACAAAUAUUAUCUCUCAUUAAGCGAUUGAUUUGAUAGCAGAAAAAUAACAAAAUGGAAUUGUGUUUUUAUUUAAUGAAACUUGUGGGGUUUGUUUUGAAGUUCUCCCAAUUGUGAGGUUAUGUUCAUAAUUUAGUUUCCAACAGAUGAAUGUGUUUUGAAUUCUAUUUUCAACAGAGAAACUUGCAAAUAAUGUUCAAAAUUUAUUUAAUUAUAUUAUAACAGUGGAUUCAUCCAUUACUGACUCCAAAAGUGAUAUUUAUGUCAGGCCUACGAGGUACACAAUCUAACCUAUCGUCUGCGAUACUAGAAACAUUUUUUAUCAAUGAGAACCAAAAGUUAUUUGCUGAGUUUUGUUUGCAUAGUAGGCACUACUCUUUUACUUCUUCUAUUUGGCGAUCAGAGGCCGUCCAUUCAAAGCAUUGUUACCGAAACUCAUAAACAACUAACUAAUAAUUUGCGCACUUUCAAGGAUAACUUGAAAGUGGUGGAAGAGAAACGUCUGGAGGCGGAUGCCGAAUACCUCGCCUACCUAGGAUUGGCACAGCGGGACCCACGGCUCUACCCCCAGGCGGUGUGGACCAACACCUCUCUGCCUGUGGUCGUCACCUAUGUGCGGGACGGCCAAGCGGAGCAUGGAGUUGGUCUCAUCAGAAAUGUGGCCCACUAUCUUCCCAAUCAUACGGUCAUUGUCUACAACCUGGGCUUAGGCCGGUAUCAGCUGCAACUGCUCCAACUGCACUGCAACAAUAGUCACUGCGUAGUGAUUAAUUUUGAUCUGAACGCCUUUCCGUCAUUCGUAUCUGACGAAAAACUUCACGCUUUCCGACCUCUUAUCAUUCAGGACGCACUGAACCGCGCCGGCGCUAUACUCUUCCUAGAAUGCGACCAACGCCUCGUGACGUCAUCGGUCGGCCAGCUGACGGAGGCUGUGACGUCAUCAGGCGUGGUGACGUGGGCCACCCAGCAUGCUGUGACGUCACUCACGCAUCCGCGUAUGUUCGACUACUUCUCGGCCAGCGACCGGCGGGAGGCCUUCUACUUUCUGCCGAUGGUUGACGUCUCACAUAUACUGCUAUACAACACUGAGCAAGUCCACUUCAAGGUCAUGCUGCCCUGGGUACAGUGUGCGCUCAUCCGGGAUUGUAUUAUACCUAUCGGAGCGCAAUCGGCCGGCUGCCGUUUCAACAAGAAACCGCAGUACCGCUACUCAGGCUGCCACAGCUACGACGCCAGUGCACUCAACAUAGUGCUGGGUCUCACCUACAAGUUCAACGACAUGUUGUAUGCCCACCAUGACGCCACCACCUACUUCAGGCGGGUCACGCUGGACGAGGCCACCCAAGAAGUGGCCAGGCUUCUCGAGAACGGCACUGAUGCGUCCACCGUCGAUAGUUGAGCCUAGAGUCGAUUUUAGAAAAAAUUGUCAUCUUGGGCCCAUCGCAAAAACUGAGAAACUGGACAGCAACAUCAACCUGGGUAAAGUGAAUAGGUUUGUUUCUGAAGGAAAACUAUGAAAAAUAUCAAGAUAACAUUUUAUUGAUUCAAUGUUAUGUACAAAUAAAAAACUAUUUACAAUCAGUUGUAAUUUGAAAUUGUUUCAAGGAUAUAGGAGAAUGUAACAGGACAUUCAAAUUAAGUUACUUUCAACAGUCUAUACAUUUAUUAAUAUUAGUUUCAAUCAUUCUUAUAUUUAAUAAUAUUUGUAAAAAACUACUUACAAACAUUUGUGAUUAAAAAUUGUUUCAAGGAUAUGCCUAUAGGAGAAUGUAACAGGACAUUCAAAUCAAGUUACUUUCAACAGUCUAUACAUUUAUUAGUUUCAAUCAUUCAUAAUAUAAAUUAAAAAAAUUAUUAUACGUUAUUCUUUCUUGUAAAAGGCCCGCUUUAUUUUAUGUAUUUCACUAGAAAGAGAGCGAAGAUAGGACGAAGCUGGUUUUCUCUUACAUUCAAAAUUUGACACUAUAACACUAAGUGCCGGUUAAAUUUUAACCGUGAUUAAUUCCACGAAAAUCAA